GUGCACUGUACCGCUAUGAGGUGAGUCUACGGGGGUAUGAAAUUUGUCUACCUUAAACUGCAAAAUGCAAAUAUGUUGACUGUUGUAGGCUACCCUGAACGCUGCCGAGUAAACAAAGAAUGAGGAAGGCUGCCCUGUUGGCACAUCUCAUCCUCCCCCUCCUCCUGGCUGCAGGGAGUGAUGUCACAUGGGAGGAGGUGGAGAGGAGGCCCAACAUAGUCCUGAUGAUGGUGGAUGACCUGGGCAUCGGCGAUAUCGGAUGCUACGGUAAUGACACCAUCAGGACCCCAAAUGUAGACCGUCUGGCUUCUGAAGGAGUAAAGCUGACUCAGCACAUUGCAGCUGCUCCUCUCUGCACGCCAAGUCGAGCCGCUUUCAUGACCGGGCGCUAUGCAGCGCGCUCAGGACUGGGCAGCACAGGCCGUGUGCAGGUUCUGCUGUUCCUCGGGGGUUCAGGUGGGCUGCCACCAACUGAGACCACCUUCGCUAAGAGGCUGCAGCAACAAGGAUACACCACCGGUCUAGUGGGUAAGUGGCAUUUAGGUGUGAACUGUGAACACAGAGGAGACCACUGCCACCAUCCAAACCAGCACGGCUUCGGCUACUUCUACGGGCUGCCCUUCACCCUCUUCAAUGACUGUGUGCCCGGGGAGGGGAGUGACGUCCUGGCAGACCUCCAGCACACGCUCCAACAUCUGACCAUGAUGCUCGGGGCUGGACUUCUUACUCUGGUGUGUGUUCAUGUGUUCGGCCUCUUCGAGAUGAACCUGGGUCUCCUGGUGGCUCUGUUUUUGCUCAGUGUCCUAGCAACCGCCGUGUGGUGCAUACCCUUUAAACUCCUGCCAACCUGGAACUGCAUCCUCAUGAGGAACCAAGAAGUGGUCGAGCAGCCCAUGACGGUGGAGACGUUGCCGCAGAGGCUGUUGGGAGAAGCACAGAUGUUUAUAAAGAGGAACGUCAACCAUCCAUUCCUCCUCUUCUUCUCAUUGGCUCAUACUCACGUGCCACUUUUUAAAACCCCUGCCUUUGCUGGCAAAAGCAGCCAUGGUCGCUAUGGUGACAACCUAGAAGAAAUGGACUGGAUGAUUGGUGAAAUAACAGAGACAGUGGACUCCCUGGGCCUCGCCAACAACACCCUGAUGUACUUCACUUCUGAUCACGGUGGACACCUCGAGGAUUCUGAUUCUAAAGUUGGCCAGAAAGGAGGCUGGAACAGCAUCUAUAAAGGUGGGAAAGCUAUGGGUGGCUGGGAGGGGGGGAUCAGGGUGCCUGGUAUUUUCCGCUGGCCUGGCAGAUUGCCAGCUGGGAGAGUAGUGGACGAACCCACCAGCCUCAUGGACCUGUAUCCAACUCUGAAAUAUUUGGCCAAGGACACACACGCUGACAGACAAUUAGACGGCCAUAACCUCAUGCCUCUGUUGGAGGGAAAAGUGGAGCGAUCCGAACAUGACUUCAUGUUCCAUUACUGCGGAAUGAACCUGAAUGCUGUACGCUGGCACCCACCUGGAAGUGACUCCAUCUUUAAGGCGCACUUUUUCACACCCAACUUUUCCCCCCCUGGAGCCGUUGGCUGCUAUGACACGAAGGUCUGUCUGUGUCAUGGAGAAUAUGUGACACACCACAACCCUCCACUGCUGUAUGACCUUUUCCACGACCCUUCAGAGUCCCAUCCACUGACUCCCGAUACUGAGCCGCGAUACGCUGAAAUCCUUGAGCAGACUGCUAAAGCUGUAGAGAAACAUAAAAAUACCUUCCCGAACAAACGGGCGUCUGAUGAUGCUUCUGAAAAGUCCAGCACAGACGCUCACAGUGUUGAAAGCCAGUUCACGUGGGAAAAGAUUCUGUGGAGACCCUGGCUGCAGCCCUGCUGUGGGACUUUUCCCUUCUGCGGCUGCAAAGAGGGAGCGGAAAAUCUUUAAUGGAAAUAGCUGCCAGACGGUCAAAGAAAGUGUGGAGGGGGGGGCGGGGA